GAUCACGAUUAUCAGCCAGUACACAGUCUAAAGGCUGUUGUUGUUAAUGCCAGUAGUAUCGUACUUACUUGGGAAGAACCACCUGAUAUUAAAAAUCCAAGUGAUAUUAAGGUAAGUUUUAGGGUUUAUGGUACUGAUACUAUUUUAUUGUAAUGGAAUGGAAUGGCACUUAUCUGCUCUAGCCAUAACUUCACCUAACUUAUUUGAAGCAAAUAAUGUGACAAGAACAUAUUAAACAUGAUUAAAACCUUAACUGGUAGGAGGCAACCGGUUUCCUUUUUACAAGCUUGGCCGACGAUUUAAACACGUUAGAACGGGCUUGGAGAAAACUCAAUUUGUCAAGCAAAGCUCGUCAUCCCUCUUGAUAGGCCAAUAUACAGUUGUAUGCUAAUCUAGCUGUAAAGUUAAGACGAGACUAGUGGUUUUUUUUUAGUGUCAUUGAUGUGCAUACGAACAUGAAUUGCAUUAAAAGAAGGGAGAGGUUCUAUGAAAACAAGGGGCGCUUUCCAUUUAGUCAAAAUUUCCGGAAUUUCCGGUUCGGCGGUAAAUGGAACACGUUUCGUCGGUUCGUCCCACUGGAAAAUUCCCAGAAAAAGUGGAAAAUCUAAAAAGGUGGUCCCGUUUUCCCGGUUGGAAUUUCCGAACGGAAUGUAGUGUUCCAUUGACGUUUCUUGUAGCUUGUACCAGUUCCAGGUCCACGGUCGGGCACCCGGCCACGUACCGGGGUUUACGACCAAAAGGAACAACUUUUUACCGAUCGGAAAUUCCACUUUUGCUACCACCGAAAUUUCCGGGUUUUUUUCGUAAAUGGAAAGCGCCCAAGGUUACCUCUAGUCCCACUUCCACUCAAGGCCAGGAUACUCAGUACACUGCUGAAAAGUGGUCUGGCUUCACAUUUGACUUUGAAUCACAGUAAAAAGUUCAACAAGGCCUUUACAGGGCACCGCCCGUCUUAGUUCAUUGUAAAGUUUCUUGGUACGCUUUUUUAGGGUUACCAGAUAACAAUGAGCUACACAGCCGAUGGCAGAUAUAAAAUGGAACUUUCAAACGCUACAAUGACAAGCUCUACAUUCAGGUUCUUGGAUUUCAACACUCGGUACACCUUUGAGGUGCGAACAAGAUUCAGCAAAGAUAAUUCUCUUGGUCCACCGGUCCAUGUCAUCAAAAGAACAGAUGCUUUCACUGCUCCUGUGGGCCGUUUGACGGCAAAAGUGGGCUACAACAGUGUAGUUUUAUAUUGGUCUGCUCCUGGAACGAUCAGACCCAGGGCUUUGAAGGUACCUUAUUCUGUCUAUUUUUUUUUUUUUUUUUUUUUUUGGUUCUUGUUUUGGCAAGGUACUAGUUCGUGAGUGUCAUAUUGCCAUCUAAUUUCUCGUUUGUUUGUUUGUUUGUUUGUUGUUGAAGUCGGUGUUGUAAGCACAGGAAAAAGAAUAAAUGAUAAGAACAAUAAAAAGACUCAUUAAAGGAGCUGUGUAUCCAAAUUCAGCCAUUCGAAUAAAUAAUCGCCUAAAUCACUGAGAAGGUACAUUAAAGUGUAUAUGACUUGAAAUUUAACAAAAAAACUGAUUUCAGUUCUUAAGAUAAGUGUAACAUGAAUUAACAAUUCUAAACUUUGAAAAUGUCUCUCCCAAGUCUCUUACACGGGAGACCGGGUCCAGAUGGUUUCAAAGUGCAUUAUGGGACUGUUCUGGGGGACGCAUUUUCAACAUGGCGGCAAAUUCGUCCCCCAGAGCAGUCCCACAAUGUACUUUAACAACCGUCUCGACCGAUUCUCCCACGCAACCUCAAAUUCUUGAAUUUUGGUUGUUAAAAAACUGCUUUUUCUCCCUUCAAAAAUGCCUCACAGACUGGGAGCGAGUAAAGUAUCACCGAAAGAAUGAUAUGCGUGGUAUUUUCACCCGUAUCUAGACGUUAAAAUUUGCAUAACAAACUAUAAAAUUUCUUUUCCAUUUUAAAUGCGGAAUAUUUUGUUUUUUGCUGCACAACGUGAUAGCUUGAAGAUUAAAGGAGCUUUUUUUUCUUACGUUUCUUUAAUUUAAAGUAUUCGAUUUCUCACAGAGAGAUCCUUACUCAGUGUGAGCAAAAAAAUCAUUCAGGCUAUUAAAUCAAUUAAAAUUUAGCAUGAGGUCACAGAAAAAUAUUUCAAGCGUGUCGUCAGAAGCACCUUUUCAAGAGGAGAGAAAUUCAUGCAAAGAGAAAGCAAUCAGCUGUCGUUACUUGUUCUGGCAGAUACCUUUUUUGGCAUGAUUUAUUUAUCAUUCAUUUAUCUCUCAAUCCUAAGGCAGCCCAGUGAACGUUUACCUUGCGUCUAGCGGGGUAUUGAAGCCCUUGCUUUUGUAUCAUAUUAUGAAGUAGUUCUUAGUCUUUCCUUUUCACCUCUUCCCUCAAAAGUUCAGCUUUGCUGUUUUGUUUUAAUUUUCAUAGCAUUACUUGAUCAAAUGGAACUGUACAGACUGCUACUACGGUCAACGCAGGGGCCAAAAAACUUGUGCUGCGACGAAUUGUACAAUCCCUAACUUGCAGCGGGGUCACAGAUAUUCAUUUUCUGUUCAGGCAAUAACAGACUUUGGCCCUGGAGAGAUCUCCAUGAUCUCAGUGUUGAUAAGUCGAUACUUUGGUCAAGUUCGUAAUUUGCAAGCGAGUGUUGAUGAUGAUUACAACAUGACCAUCACGUGGGAUCCACCCCUUAAUUUGGACGCUAAAGAUAGCAAGGUAACCUGCCAGUCUGAUUGA